GUUAGGUGACAUGGAUGAGGUGGUGAAAUACGGAACUUACCGAAAAUGUGGAACUUGGAUUCAGAGAGAGAGAGCAGUCUAGUGUAUUGAAGCAAAGUCAUUGUUUGGAUUUUGUUUUAACAAAAGUUGACAAAAAAAAGCUUUUGAAGUUCCAUCAUGAUGUUACCUCAGCUAUCAUUCAAGCAAUACGUUGUAAAUCUUGCAGACAUUGAACAACAUGGAAUUGACUUUAACAGACAAAUCAAGACAGAGGACCUCAAUGAUUCUCCCCAUUCUGUCUCAUCACACAAGACAUGUCACCUGACACAAGGAUCCCCAAUCCCUGGCGGACAGCUGUCAGGGGAUCUCUCCUCACUCCACACCAUGCAGCAACUAGUGCUCAUGCCAGGCUCUCACCACCUUACAUCCCCUUCUUCCUUCCUCCUCUCACAGACACAGAAUACUGGGCACCAAGCACUUCUGCAGCAGAACAUCCUCAGCUUUCCAACCCAGAGUCAGUCAGGCCUUCUCCAGCACCAGCCUGGUUUAGCACUGACGCCGCAGGCCAUGAGUAGGUCGGGCCUAACGUCCUCAUCCAUGGAAGGCCAUCUAGACAUGUCCCACCUGCAGGUCCCAAAACACUUAGGGGCCCCCCAGCCAGAUGAGCCUAAUGACCUGGAAGAGCUGGAACAGUUUGCUAAGGCCUUCAAACAAAGACGCAUCAAAUUGGGUUUCACCCAGGGUGAUGUAGGCCUUGCUAUGGGGAAGCUGUAUGGAAAUGACUUCAGCCAGACAACCAUUUCCCGCUUUGAGGCCCUCAACCUAAGCUUCAAGAACAUGUGCAAGCUGAAACCACUACUGGAGAAGUGGCUGAGUGACGCAGAGAACUCUCCCUCUGACUCUAUGACCAGUGCGGCCUCUUUACCCCCACUGAUGGAAGGCUAUGGAAGGAAAAGAAAAAAGAGAACAAGCAUCGAAACCAACAUCAAGCUCACCCUGGAGAAACGCUUUCUUGACAACCCAAAGCCUAACUCAGAGGAGAUCACGCUGAUCUCAGAGCAGCUGUCUAUGGAGAAGGAAGUAGUGCGGGUCUGGUUCUGCAACCGAAGACAGAAGGAGAAAAGGAUCUACUGCCCUGUGUCCACCUCACCCAUUAAAACACACAGCUUCAACUCCAGAAUGCCUUCAUGUAACACCCUGUUUCAGGCCUCUACAUCCAGGCCGUACAGCCCUCUUGCUUCAGGAGGAGUGUCAUCGAGUUCCUCUCCCAAUAGUCCUAGUCGUGACCCUUCACCUGGCACACUCUCAUCGGGCUCCGCUGCCCUGACUUCCCAGGUCAACCAGUCCUUCAGUUCACCAGGGUCGUGGUAUCGCACGUGGAACCCUACGCCCUAUCACCACUGAAACAUCUCGCCUGCUAUGGGGGAGAACUCGGAUGUUCUGUGUCAAUGAAGAGCAACAGAAAUAGAUUCAAACCUUCCGACACACAUGAAGGCCUUUAAAAAUGCUGUUGAGAAACACAAUGCAUUUGGAAUCAAAUGUCAUACACAAUAUGUAUAUGAGGCAGCACAAACAUAAGUUGAGCCUUGUAUUACAUGCUGUACAGUCACCAACCAAAUUUGGUUAAGCCAUUUCUAGGGUAGCCAUACUUCCAACGUAUCUCAUGCCACCUGUGUCUUUCAGCGGGGGUAGGUUAACCUUUACAGUUAGGUCUAUGCAGCAAUUUUUGAACUACUGUUCAUACAAAAGCAAUUAGCUGGUAUUUAACAGUAAAGUACUAUGCAUCAACCUAAAUGCCUGGAAUUCUAUUUCAGCAUUAUAAAAUGAAAUACCUGUGUCUGCAUUGCACUAUGCAGCUGUAUGUGUUGGAUUUAUUUGAGAUUCAUUUGGAAAUGCCCUUUGUUAUUUAUCAGGUGUUUGAGUGUGAGAAUAAAAUAUGUGAAGGUGUACAUAUUAAAAUGCCAGACAGCAACUUUACAUAAUUAUGUUGUCUAAUGUUUGUAUUUUUAUAUAUAAUGUUUGCUUAAAUGAAU